AGAGCUUUACGCCAAGCCAUAUUUUCUGACCUCGUUUUACUCUGAGUAUGGGACAUAGCUGAUUUGUUACGAUUUUUUAUCCAAGUUGUAAAGUCAUCUAUCCGACAAUGGCAGUGGCAAGACGGGGAUUAUUGGAAAGACUGAAAUCUGGAGAAGAUGUAUUAGUAGCGGAGGGAUAUAUGUUCGAAUUUGCUAGAAGAGGAUAUCUUUCUCGUGGGAGCUAUGUACCGGAAGUAGUACUGGAGCAUCCAGACCUUGUUCGGGCAAUGCACAACGAGUUUGUACAUGCUGGAAGUGAUGUUGUCUUGGCGUUUACGUAUUAUGGACACCGUAAAGGGUUGAAGAAAAUAGGAAAAGAAGAUGACGUCACGAAACUGAACAAGCAAGCGCUUCAAAUAGCUAGAGAGGUUGCGUAUGAGACCGGAAGUUUGUUUGCCGGUGGAAUCUGCCAUACAAGGGUGUAUGACGAAGACGACCCCAAGGCAGUGGCGGAGGCCAGGGAAAUGUUCAAGGAAAUGAUUCAAUGGGCUGUAGAGGCUGGGACAGAUUACAUAAUAGGAGAAACCUUUGAUCUUUUCGGGGAAGCCAUGCUUGCGUUGGACUGUAUCAAAAUGUAUGGUAAAGGGCAACCCGCUGUCAUUACACUAGUGGCGUAUUGUCCUGACAUGACGGUAGAUGGCGUACCGAUACCAGAAGCAUGUCGCCGAUUAGAAGAAGCAGGGGCAGUGGUAGUUGGGAUUAACUGUGCCCGUGGUCCUAAAACGAUGAUACCUUUGCUCAAAGAAAUUCGUACAACAUGCAAGGGUCCCAUUGCCGCUUUGCCUGUAACAUUCCGAUGCUAUGAGAACUGUCGUACGUUUUAUAACAUCAAAGACAGCGAAACAGGAAAGAACCUGUACCCAAGUAAUUUAGAAAGUGCUCGAUGCAAUUCCGAAGACAUCACAAAGUUUGGAGAGGAAGCCAAAAGUAUAGGCGUCCAAUACAUUGGUCUUUGUUGCGGAAAUUGCGCACUCCUAAUGCGCGACCUCGCGGAAUCGUAUGGACGGUCGCCUGAAGCAUGCAGAUACUCUAUCAAAAUGGAACUUUCUGAGGUGCACGGAGAAGAUGCCGCAAAAAUAAAUAGAUAUUCCAAAAGAACCAAGGAAUUUAUGGCUGGACUGGUGUAAAAAUGGUGGAGCAAUCCGAAUUCUCUUUUUACGAAGUAUAUUAAGAAUGUUGAGGGGAUAUGAUUCUGACAUUUUAAAGUCACUACGCAUAUUGAACUGACCUACUUGAUAUUAGAUAAAAAUUUUAAGUGAUAUCAUUUAUCUUGUUAUUUUCCAUCCCAAAAUUCCAUCCCUCGACAGAAUUAUGAUAAAACUUAUUUUGGCCGUUUAAAGAAAUGCAUCAUAGAAAUUUUUAUCGAAAAUUUAUGGUCUGGGAAAAUUGAUAUAAUUAUUGUUGAUUUCAAGUCUUUAUAUCUUAUAUGUAUAGCUAUUAGAUCUAUAGUGCAACUUGUAUGAUAAAAAUUACUUUUCAUCGUCAUGGAAAUUAGAGAAUUUUGUAUGUUCAGGGGCAUUUAAAUGCGUCAAAUAGAAAGAGUUUCGAUACGUGCAUUUUUGUUGUAAGUUAAUCAAACAUUAAAAAGUGGAAUGUUUA